CGUAUACUUUCUUAUAUAUAUGCCACCUAGAUUCCAUGCAUUAUUUGCUAAAACCAAUAGAGAAGAAUAUACAACAAGUCAUCAAAUAUGUCUUCUUUAACUCAUUCCCUUCUCACCACAACCAUUUUCUCAGUGCUCACAAUCUUUCUUCAUCCAUCAAAUGCUCAACUGAGUUCAACCUUCUACUCCACCACAUGCCCUAACGUCUCUUCCAUCGUGAGCAGUGUUAUUCAGCAGGCUCUGCAAUCUGAUACUCGUAUUGCUGCCAGCCUAACUCGUCUUCAUUUUCAUGAUUGCUUUGUUAAUGGAUGUGAUGGGUCUCUUUUGUUAGACCAAGGUGGGAACAUAACACUGAGCGAGAAAAAUGCAGGCCCCAACAAUAAUUCCGCUCGUGGCUUCAACGUAGUCGACAACAUAAAGACAUCUCUUGAAAAUUCAUGCCCUGGUGUUGUAUCUUGUGCUGAUAUUCUUGCUCUUGCUGCUGAAGCUUCUGUGUCUUUGGGAGGAGGACCUUCAUGGACCGUACUACUAGGCAGAAGGGACGGUUUGAUUGCAAACCAAUCUGGUGCUAACACUUCCAUUCCUGCUCCAACUGAAAGCUUGGCCAAUGUCACAGCAAAAUUUGCUGCCGUUGGAUUAAACAUAACUGAUCUCGUUGCAUUAUCUGGUGCACACACUUUUGGUCGUGCACAGUGCAGGUUUUUCAACCAGAGGCUGUUCAACUUCAGUGGCACGGGUAGCCCUGAUCCCACGCUGAACUCAAGCUAUUUAGCAACCCUGCAGCAAAACUGUCCACAAAAUGGAAGCGGGAACACUCUGAACAACCUUGACCCUUCUUCCCCAGACACCUUCGACAACAACUACUUCCAAAAUCUUCUCAACAAUCAGGGUCUUCUUCAAACAGACCAAGAACUUUUUUCCACCAGUGGCUCCGCCACAAUAUCCAUCGUCAACAACUUCGCCAACAACCAAACCGCCUUCUUCCAAGCCUUUGCUCAGUCCAUGAUUAACAUGGGUAAUAUUAGCCCCUUAACAGGAAGCCAGGGAGAAAUCAGAUUAGAUUGUAAGAAAGUCAAUGGAAGCUAAAAAAGAAUCCCAUGAGGCAUAACUUGUUCUUCACACAUUACUAAUUACCAUCAAAACACACACACACACACACA